AUGGAGCUGCAGCAUCCACCAGACAAAGCGAAAGCACAAGCUGCCAGAGAGAAAGGCAAUGGUGCCUUCCGAAAGCAGCAAUGGGCCGAAGCUGUCGGGCUCUACUCGGCGGCACACAUUGCUGACCCCACCGAUCCGACAUACCCGCUGAACCGUGCUAUGGCCUACAUCAAGCUCGGCAAGUUUGUCGAUGCUGAACGUGACUGCUCCAUCGCACUCUAUCUCUCGCCAAACAAUGUCAAGGCUCUCUAUCGCAGAGCUACUGCUAGAGUUGGAGCCGACAAGCUGGAGGAUGCUGUCAAAGACUACGAACAAGCCCUUCGAUUGGACCCCAGCAACGCUGAGGCCAAGACAGGACUCGCAAAGGCUCAUGAAGCGCUCAAGGCUGCGACACCUCGAAGAGCCGAGCCGAUGGAUCUGCGAAAGCUUCUGCCCUCACACGGAUCAAAGACGGCCCACGAUACCACAACCCAACCAACAGAAGCCGAGGCAAGGGACUCAAGCAGCUCAGUCGAAGCAGCGAGAAAGUUCCUACAGCAGGUCGGCAUGUCCAACGAUAAGGAGGAUAAAAGGAGCUUGCCAAUUUCGAACAACUCCACGAGCGCUCCUCCUGCCAAGUUUCCAGGCGAGACGGGCCGCUUUCUGCGAGAGGUGACGACACGCAAGACUACAGCCAAGCCUACAUCUCAGCAAGUCGACUCAAGCUCCAGCACAGCCCCUUCAACCUCCCUUGCAACGACGCAGGGCUCUACAAAGGCUGAGAUGGAGGCACAACCUACAUCUUGGAGCUCCAGCUUUAGCUCCGCAGCCAACAAGACAGCAUCAGCUCUCAACUUUGGCGGCUCCACUUCACUGAGCAGCGACGUAGCUCCCGUACCACAGGCCAGGCUACCAGCUCGAGUCCCACAAGGCAAGUUGACUGCGAUCGAGUUCAAUCGAAGGUGGAAGAGCAAACCAGACCGUCUGCAGCUGCUGUCCUCUAUCGAUGCCGAUACAAUACCUAGCAUGAUCGAUGCUAUGCUCGAGCCAGAGUUGGUCGCAGAGAUUCUGCACACGCUGGCGGAGGGACAUGGCGCUUCUCCGAACGACGUGCAGCUCAUCAGCUUGGUCGCAAAUACACUCACGGCACUGCCACGAUGUAAACGCUUUGGCAUGACGGUUUGCAUGCUCGACUUGAACGAAAAGAGUGAUGCUGUCUACCUUAUCGAAGCUGUUGGCAGGCCCGAUCUCAGGUCCGUUUGGGAGGUAGCAUAG